AUGGCUACCACCAGUAAGGACUUAUCAACAAAUUUCUACAGUCCAACAACAGAUGGUAAUCUAGUUCGAAAUUUUGAAUCAUUUACGUGUGUAUGGCUUGAUCAAACUAUUGACCAAACAGAUGAAAGUCGACUAGCAGAACAAGAACUUCGUCGAAUAAUUAAUCAUUUAUUUACUUGUAAUGAUGAAAAACAAUGUGAACAAUACAUUCAAGAUGUCACUCAAGAAAAAGUCGUUCUAAUUGUUUCGGGCAGAUUAGGCCGAUCCUUAGUACCUCAUAUUCAUGAUCUUCCACAAUUAUCAGCAUGUUAUGUCUUCUGUGCUCAAGAAAAACCACAUAGAGAAUGGGCUGAUCAUUAUCCAAAGGUAAAAGGAGUAUUUGUUGAUCUGGAUAAACUUAUUAGAAAACUAUCAGAUGAUCAAAUCGAUAGAGAUAAAUUAGAAGAAAGUGCACAAAUUUCAGUAAUAAAUCAACAUUCUCAAUCACUUGAAGAACGAAAUGCAAUUUAUAUGUGGUUUCAAUUAUAUAUUGAAGUAUUGCUUCGUAUGCAUCAUAAAUUAAGUGACCGAAAAGAACUUAUUGAUCUCUGUAAAAAUACUUGCACAGGGAACGAUUUUGAAUUAAAUAUGAUUAAGGAAUUUGAAACAAAAUAUAAACCAGAAAAUGCAAUUUAUUGGUAUACACGCGAAUCAUGUUUAUAUAGAAUGUUAAAUAAAGCAUUACGUUUUCAACAUUUUGACACGGAUUUGUAUAUCAAAGACGUCCAACUAAAUUAA